GCGCGCCAAUUUCGAAACUGCGCCAUUUUGGUUUUUACUGCUUGUUUACUUAUUAUGUGAUUUAGUUCGACUGCAGGUAACUUGUAAUGUUAUUAUCCGCUAUGAGUACGAAGGGGAGAGAGUCCGGGGAGCCUCUACAACAGACAGCUGUCAGCAGCGGCGAUGGCGACUCCAUCAAAGUGUUUGUUCGCGUGCGGCCGCUCACCCAGGGCGCCGGGCUGACGACGGACGGCGACCAGAGUAUGUGCCUGACCGUCACGUCGGCCAACACCAUCCGCCUGCACACGAAGCCAGAGCCGCGCACGUUCACCUACGACCACGUGGCCGACGUGGACGUCACACAGGAGUCUGUGUUUGCCAGUGUGGCCAGAAACAUUGUGGAAUCCUGUGUGAAUGGAUACAACGGCACGGUCUUUGCUUAUGGUCAAACCGGCUCUGGGAAAACUUUCACUAUGCUGGGUCCCUCUGAAUCCAGCAGCUUCAGCGACGACUUGCGCGGCGUCAUUCCUAGAAGCUUUGAGUGUCUUUUUUUCCUCAUCAGCCGGGAGGUGGAACGCUCUGGAAGCUCCAAGAGCUUCCUUUGCAAGUGCUCCUUCAUCGAGAUCUACAACGAGCAGAUAUAUGACCUUCUGGACAGCGCCUCGGCCAGCCUCUUUCUGCGUGAGAACAUCAAGAAGGGCGUGUUCGUGGAGGGUGCCGUGGAGAAGAUCGUCACCUCGGCUGUGGACGCGUACCAGGUGCUCUCCAUGGGCUGGCGGAACCGACGAGUGGCUUCCACCUCCAUGAACCGGGAGUCGUCGCGGUCCCACGCGGUCUUCACCAUGACGCUGGAAUCCAAGGAGACUGUGAAUGAGGUGGUGAACAUUCGCACAUCCCAGCUGAACCUGGUGGACCUGGCCGGCUCCGAGAGGCAGAAGGACACGCACACAGAGGGAUCCCGGUUGAAGGAAGCCAGCAGCAUAAAUCGCUCCCUGAUGUGCCUGGGCCAGGUAAUAAUGGCUCUGGUGGACGUGUCCAACGGCAAAAGUCGCCACAUCUGUUACAGGGACUCCAAACUCACCUUCCUGCUUCGGGACUCUCUGGGUGGUAACGCCAGGACUUACAUUAUAGCCAACGUGCAUCCUGGCUCCAAGUGCUUCGGGGAGACGCUGUCCACCCUCCAGUUUGCACAGAGAGCCAAGCUCAUCAAGAACAAGGCCAUGAUCAACGAGGACACACAGGGCAACGUGAAGCAGCUGCAGGCCGAGCUGAAGAAGCUGAAGGAGCAGCUGGCCCAGGCUCUAGCAGCUGGGGUCAGGCUGGAGGACGGCGGGAAAGAUCUUGCCCCUGGAGGCCCCCAGUUGCUGCCCGUGCUGCCGGCUGAGAGCAGCUCGCAGACACCUUACCAGAGGCGCUUCACAGAGGCCAUGCUACUCUGGAGAAGGACAGAGGACGUGAAGAAGUCUCUGCUUCAGAAGCUUGCACAGCUGGAAGAGGCCUGGGCCAAGAAGGAGAAGUUCAUCCACUCCAAUCGCAUGAUCCUCAAGUUCCGGGAGGAGCACAUCUCACGGCUGGAAAAGCUGCUGAAGGGAGGCCAGAGCAGGCUUGCUGACGAGGAGACCCAGAACCUGGUGAACCAGCUUCAGCAGGAGAUCAAGAUACUCAAGGAUCAGGUGGAGCAUCAUCCUCGCAUGAUCCGGUAUGCUGCAGAGAAUUUCAGCCUUAGGGAGGAGAACCAACAGCUACGGGCCCUGGAGUCAGUCCGGGAGACUGCGGUGGCCAACACUCAGACCGCAGCCGAGCUGGAGGUGCUGCUGCAGAGAUGUCUGGAGGCAGAGAAAACCCCUGGAGACCCGCUAAGCCGCUCUACCUCUGUGACCAUGGACAGCAUCUCUGCAGCUUCUGUGGAGCGGCUGAAGUCCCAGUUGGUUCAGAAGCAGGCAGAGCUGACUGCCACGGUCCAGGCUCUGGAGGAGUACAAGGAGGUCACCAAAAAGCAGCUGUCAGAGCUAAAGUCUGAGAAGAGGUACCUGGAGAAAUCCAACAACCACCUGGAGAACAUCCUGGUGGCCACAAAAGCCCACAAAAACCUGGAGGUUUCCCAGCUGAACAAGCUGCAUGUGGAGACCAUCAAGAGCUUGACCACACCCACCAAGACGUACAACCUGCGCUCUCGCCUGGUGCCCCUGUCCAGCCCCGAGCACUGCAACAGUGAGGAAGACGUGGAGGACAUUCGCAGUGAGCCCCCGCCCCCAGACAUGAACGAGGUCGCCUGUGAGACACUGACGGAGGAGCUGCGGCUGGCCCAGGAGCAAGCCGGCUCCUUCCAGAACCAGCUGGAUGAGGAGCAGGCGAAGGGCAGGAAGCUACAGCUACAGACCGCAAAGCUGGAGGAGCAGGUAUCCAGGAUGGAGGAGGACCUGCGUAGCAAAGAGGAGAUGUACUCCUCUGAGCGGGGUGUCUGGACCAAGGAGCAGCAAACUCUACAGGAGAGCGUAGCUGCUCUGGAGACGGCACUGCAAGAGGAGCGGGGCAGGGCAGACGUGCUAAAGGGCGAGAUACACGACCUGCGGGUGGUGCUGCAGUCAGCUGACAAGGAGCUGGAGGUGGCGAAAGGCGAGCUGGAGCAAAACCGCGGCGAGCAGGACCAGGAGCUGGACCGGCUCUCUACCGCCCUCAUCAGCACGCAGCUGCAGCUGGAUAAUCUCAGGCUGGAAUCAGAGCAGGUCCUGAAGGAGAGGCGCCACCUGCAGGACGCCCUGGACACGCUGCAAGCAGAGAUGACGUUUGAAGCCGACCAGUGCAGACAGCAGCUGGAGGAAAAGGCGGCAGAGACUGCCUCCCAGCAGAUACAGCUGACGGCUCUGAAAGAAGCCCUGCAGUCCGAGAGAGAACAUGCAUCCUCCUUGAUGGCCCAGCUCAGAGAAGACAAGGAGAGCACCUCCAUGGAGCUGGUGAGGUCAGGGCAGGAAAACGCCCAGCUGAGAAGUCGGAUGUCUGAACUGAGCACGCAAACGCAGCAGCAGGCCGCCAGCAUCCUCAACCUCGAGCAGAGUCUGUCCUCGGCUAAUGCUGCACUCGCGAGUCUGGAGCAGAAGGCCGAGGCAGAUAAAGCCUGUGUGGUGGAUCUCAUAAACCAAACCAGGGACCUCCGCAGUGACCUGGGCCAGAAGGAGCACAGCCUGGCCCUUCUGACGGGUGACCUGAAGGACAUCACGGCCAAGUACACCUGUGCCUGCGGAGAACGCGAGGAGCUGCGAGAGAGCAUCCUCCGGAUGAAGCAGGAGAUCCAGGAGCUGAGGGAGGCAUCCCAGCGCCGCGUGGCCUCCGACCAAAUCGCCCAAGAGCUGGUGCAGGAAGACCUGGCUUAUGCCACCGAGGAGGUGGGCCGCCUGACCAGGGUGCUGGACGAGCAGGCCGACCUCCUGCGAGCUGUGCAGGCCCAGGCCGCCGAGAAGGACGCCACCAUCCAAGAGCUGCAGGGGCAGCUGAAAGGUCAGGAGGAACAGAAGCUGGCUGAAGGUGACCUUCAGCGGGUCAAUCACACUCCACGGCCUUCAGUCACUCCAAAGGCAGAGUCGUGGACUCCACAUACACCCCAGAGCUUCGGCACAAACGUGUCCCAGCUGCUGGAGACUCAGGCCCGGGAGCUGGAGGAUCGCCGGUCCUCCAUGAUGACCAUGGAGGUCCUGCUGGGGGAGCUCAAUACCGACAGAGCGGCCAAGGCUGAGGAGAUCCAGCGCCUCAAGGCACAACUGAAUGAGAAGGAGAUCACAUGUAUAGAAAUUCAGACGCUGCUCGAUAAGUUUUACAAAAUGCAAGGUCAGCCGCCCCCGCCUACCACCAAUAAUGGGUCUCCAGAGUGUCCCUCACGGUCUGGGUUCACACUGCCACUAAAGUGUUGUCUGCCCGGCAGAGAGGGCCUGCAGGACGCCAUCCAGCUGUCCGUGCUGAAGCAGCUGCAGGAGGAGAAGCAAGCCACGAUCGCUGCCAUGUUGAAGCUCUCAGAAACUGAGGAAAGGUAAACAUGGACGCGUCGUUCUGAAUGUUCACGUGAGGCUUAAUUCCAGCAGUGUAUUUUCCAGCUAGUUGGUGAUGUGAAUAAAAUAGUUGCUUGGGGUAACACUGGGACACCAAGCCAUGGCCCCUCAUUUCUGAUCAUGCCUUAAUUGGCUCUUUGGGGCUUGUGGGAGAUUUGCUUGCACAAAAAUAUUUUGUGGGCAGAAGGAAAAAUGAUUGGUUCAUAGAGAACCAAUCGAACUGAAGAGGAGGCGGGACCAAGAACAAUCAUUUCUACUUCAGCCCUCAGAACAUUUUUGCCAGUAAAACUCCCAUGAGCCUCUGGGGUAUCAUCCUCAUCGCAAAGGCUUAGCUCCUUGAACGUGGCCUGAAUAUGAAUCCUGUGGCCGUAGUCUUUGUAGAAAGC